CAGUAAACCCUCGGACUUCCCCGCGGUGUCCCGCCCCCUCCUCUCCCCCUUUUCCUGUGCCCUCCUCAUUUUCCUUCCCUUCUCCCUCCCUUCUUUCCCCGUACUAGGGACCCCCAACUCUAGCAAUCUUACUAUAGGUACCUCUAAGACCGGCGUUAUGAAAGGCUGUAAAAUUUAACCGCUGAUGUUGCAGCUGUCGCCGCCUUUCUGCUGGGGGACCUGGCCUAAACUGCUGCCCAGUCAUCUUUGAGGCUCAUCAGAGGUAAUCGGGAAUUUGGCCAGGACAGGCGGUGGGUGUAGUGAUGAAGAGGAGGAGCUCCGUGGAGUGUGCCAGAGUUGGGUUUGAAGCCGGGCUCCACUAUUGGUUAGCUGCCUAGCCUUGAAUGAGAAUAUCCUAAUGCUACACCCACACUAUUAGUUUGUCUGCCUCGGUUGUAGCAGUGACACUUCGGGCCGUGGAAGAAGUGAGCCCAGUCGGGAGAGCAGGAGCUACCCUCACUGCGGCCACAUCGCUCCCCUUCAAAUAUUUCCCGUCUCAAAGUAGGGAAGCAAAGAUGUCCGUUACUGUAAGUAAAAGAGAAAAUGAUAAAGAGAAUGACUUGACAUCAUGUGUCCUGAGUAAGACAGAAGGUGACGAGGAAAAGUUUGAAGAUGCCUAUGAAAUGAUCCCUGUGGCCACAACCAUGAACCUAAAAUCUUCCCUGGAAGAGUGCACAACUGGAUUGUAUUUAUUUCUAAAUAACAGAUUCUCAGAUGCCAUAAAUCUCAUUCAUCCAUGGUCGAAAAGCAGCAUAUACCAUGCUCUAAUCUAUAAUAUCCUUAUGGUUGUCAAGGCCGUUUUGACUUUUGAUCCACAGGAUAUACAGACCGGAAUGGCUACUGCAAAGGAAGCUUUGAAAACCUGUAACAAUUUCCGAAGAAAGUCUAGGAUGAUGAAUUUUUCUCAUCUCGUGAGUAAACAGGGAAUAAAGACUAUCAAAGAGGAGGAACUGCAUGCUGAAGUCUGCUAUGCGGAGUGUUUGAUUCUGAAAUCCACUGUCACAUUUAUACAGGAUGACAGUAUGCUUGGUUUUCUUAAAUGUGCAAUCAACAUCGGGUUAAGUUACCAAAUAUACAAAGACUGCCAACAGGUAUUAACACAGGUGCCUAACAACCACAGCAAAACCUACAGACACCUGGUUGAAGGAGUAAAAUUUGGACUUGGAGCAUUCAAUCUGCUAUUAUCACUUGUGCCACCAAAGACACUUAAACUACUCAAUAUUGUUGGAUAUUCUGGUGAUAGAGAGGUAGGCUUGACUCUGCUUCACGAGAGUGCAUCCAAAUCCCAUAUAAAUAAUAUCUUAAGUGUUUUGACUCUAGUCUUUUAUUACACGUACAUCUAUGUAGCUAUUGGUGCUGAAAAGGGUCACAGUUCUGCUGUAGAGGAUCUCUUCCUGAUCUACCUCCAGAAAUUUCCAAACUGUGUCAUACUUAAAUUUUUUCAGGCACGUUUUAGUAUGCUGAAAGGAAAUUUUGAAAAUGCCCGGUUAAUAUUAGAGGAGUGCAUUUUUAUUCAAAAUGAAUGGAAGCAGGUUCAUCACCUCUGUUACUGGGAGCUCAUGUGGUGCCACAUCUUUCUGCGGAAUUGGAAGCAGGCUCACCACUACGCUGAUCGACUGUCUCGUAACAGCAGGUGGUCUAAGGCAAUAUACAUGUACAGUAAAGCUAUGCUACUCUCCUUGCUCCCUUCAGAUUCUGUGAAAUCAGUGAGUGAGGACAUAAGCUCUCUCUUCUUGAAAGUGGAUAGCCUGAGAAUCAAAAUUUUGGGAACUUCUGUGCCAAUAGAAAAGUUCAUCGCCGAGAAGGGGCAGCGCUACGGCACCACCACAGGCUGGUUUACGGCACAGCCCAUUCUGGAGUUCAUUUACGCCUGGAGUGGUUUCCGAGUCAUGAGCAAAAAACUAGACCUUAUUUCAAGCUGGCUGUCGAUAAUUGAUAAAGGAGAAGACCUCUUACGAAAAAAUCCAAAUACCGAGUAUGGCACAGAUGACAUAAGUCUGUUAAAUUUGCUGAAGGGUCUGUGCCUGAAACAUUUGGGCAGAUAUUCAAUGGCUGAGCGUUACUUUAAUCGUGUCCUUCAGAAGGAGAAAUUGUUAAAAUAUGACCACUAUUUGGUGCCAUAUACUUACUACGAACUAGGAAUUCUCUACUAUCUAAAAGGAGAUUAUGACAGGGCAACAAAAAACCUAGACAACAUAAAAAACUACAAAGACUAUUCCAUGGAAGCUCGAUUACAGUUUAGGGCUCACAUAGCCCUUGAACAAAUAGCUAAAGAAAAGUGAUGGUUUUGACACAAAGCAUGGUUUUGUUUAUGAUGCGUGAAGUAGCUGCAACCAGCAAGAAAACAGUCAGAAAAAUCAUUUCUUUGUGGAAGAAAUCCAAGAAGAGACAGCCGCUAAGAAUCUGAUCAGUAACAAGUAAGAAAGGGAUUGGCCAUUACUUUUCCCUCUUUCCUUCUCCAUACUUAUAAAAUGCAAUGUCUUAGACUGGCAAA